GACCCGCUAGAAAAAUUGCUAGAGAAACUUCCUUCAGUUGUCCACUUUUCUCGUCUAAGCUCACCUUGCGACCGAAGCAAAAGCAGCAAAACCCACACGAAAAAAAGAGAGAAGAGAUACGCUAUUGGAUCAGUUUUGAAUUACUUUUCUCUUGAUUUAAAUACAUACAUAUAGAUCCCUCAAGUGAAAUCGAGCUGAGAAUUGAAAAUGGCCGGAAGAUCAUCGACGAUGAUCGUGACGAACACUCCGGCCAAAGAUCUCGUCAACACCAAUUUUGCCUUCGUCUCACCAUCCGAUUACCGCAAUUUCGUUGUUCCUGGAUCCAAGCUCGCCUUCGCUCUUAUCGCCGAUUCGUUUGUUCUUUCCGUCACUGGCCAUGAAGCUAUUCCUAGCGGCUGUAUUGCAUUUAAUGCAGUUCAUCGUCGUCAGGCUAAAGUGUCUACUGAUGAUCCAGUAUCUGUCAAUAGAUUUUCUCCACCUGAAAAUUUCAAUCUUGCUUUGCUUACUCUCGAGUUGGAGUUUGUGAAAAAAGGGAAAGAUGAACAGGUGGAUGCCGUUCUCUUGUCUCAGCAAAUUCGCAAGAAAUUUAGUAACCAGGUGAGUGCAGCAUCUUUAUCUCUCUCGUAGCCUUAUAGAAAUCUUGGAGCCGCUGC